AGUCGAGCCAGGCAAUGAGGCAAUUGCCUUUGGGGCUGCCAAUGGGCCUAAAAGAAAACUACGAAGUAGCGACCGGCAUCUGAAGUAGCAGCAACCCGGAAUCGGCUUCCCCAAGCACGGCAGCGACCGCGAGCCACCGCUCGAACGCCUCGCCGGAGCCGCUUCCUGACGCCGACUUGGGUAUUAUUAUCUAUAAAGUGAUGUUAUUACUGAUUUGCACUUCAAAAGGCAAGAAGAAUAGGCCCAUAGGGUGUUGCAGUGAAAGGUGAAAAAGUUCAAUUUUGAUUUGAUUUCAUGCCUUUUCACUGUGGAAGGGUUUAGUCCUGAAAUGAGGAUGCAGUCCAGCUUUUGUCGGAAACUAUUCACUUCUUCUCCGCAUUUGACUCCCAUUCAACUCCCGUCUCCAAAUGAAACACAUUUAUGGUAUGUAAAACCCAAUGAAGUGAAGAGCGAGGCACUGUUAGAAAAAUACAUGGAAAUUUUGUCACCAACUGAGAAGGAAAAUGUGCUUCGUAUGGCCGGAGAUGAGCACAAGAAGACUGCACUGCUUUCUCGAACAUUAGUCCGUACAACCAUUGCCAGAUAUCAAAUCAGUUCUCAUGUUGAUCCGAGAUCUCUGAAAUUUAGAAAGAACAAUUAUGGGAAGCCUGAAGUAGAAUGGCAACACAGUGAUCAUUGGCAGUCACCCCCAUUGCAUUUCAAUAUGUCACAUACCAAUUCUCUUGUAGCAUGUGGUGUAACGGGUGGUUCCCCGAUCGGUAUUGAUGUAGAAGAAAAACAGAGGGCUGUAAAAAACAAUAUUUUAAGCUUAGCUCGGAGAUACUUAUCAGGGCCCGAAUUUGAAUUUUUAAGUUCAAUAAAUGAUUCUGAAGCUCAACACCAGGAAUUUAUAAAGCUAUGGACCAUGAAGGAAGCAUAUGUCAAAGCACUGGGUGUAGGCUUCUCAGGAUCUCCAUUCAAGACAUUUACUCUUCGUUUUAGGCCCUCUUCCGAAAGAAGCUCUCUUGUCAAUUUGAAUUCUGAUUACAAGGCUCUUGAAACAGCAGUAGAUCAACAGGACCAUCCUCAAAAAAUAAUGAGUUGCUGGCAGUUUGCACUUAUUGAGUUAGAUGGUUCCCAUUAUGCUGCCAUUUGCACCAAAAAAGGUUGCGUAACUGAGGUGAAGUUAGUCAAUCAAUGAAAGUAUGGAAGACAAUUCCAUUUCAGGGAGAUGUGUGCGUUUCCGGAACUGAUGCAGUCAUAAAAGUGAAUGACUUGAUAGAAACCUUUAGUUAUUGGAAGAAUUAGAUUCAAGAGAACAUAUUUGAUUCUUUCUCAGUGUAUAACUUCAUGCGUCUUUGCCUCUUGCUAAGGGGAUGGCUACUUACCUUCUCUUUGAUUGUUUUGUUAUAGUAAACAUAUCAUUAUUGUAUGAAGGUUCUCAGAUCAAUGUCAUGUAAAAAGUAAUCACUUUUAGUUUUCAAGUGAAGCAACAGUUCAUUAAUUUCAAUAUACUCCCUCUGUCCCGGAAAAUUGUUCCCGGAUUCCUUUUUGA